CGCCAUCGUCCUCGACCGUCCUCCUCUACGCGCCGCAACUCCAGCCUGUGCUUGAGCCUGCACGUCUCCGAAUCGCCGUCGUCGGCCCCGCUUCUCCGUUUGUGCUGCCGCACGUCUCGCUGCUGCUCGCCCUUUCUCCGUCCAGCCUGCUGCGCAGCUGUUGAGCCUGCAUCCGCGCUUGGCCAUGAACCGCCACCAUCCGUAUGGCAAUGGCGGACCGCCGGGUGGCGGUGGUCCCGGAAGAGGCGGUAAGCGGCACGGCGGCGGCCCGCCGCUACCCAGAGGAGGUGGCGGUGGAGUGGGCCCGUCGCGCGAGUAUGCGCCGUAUCCGCAACAGCAGCAGCCAGCGCCGGCGCAGCAGCACGGCUACGGCCCUCCGCCGGGCCACAGAGGUGCACCUCCACCGCCGACGCCGCGUGGAUAUGGCGCAGGAGGCGCCGCAUCGCCGCCGCAUGCCUCGUCUGGAGGUUAUGGCGCGCCGCCUCACUUUCAGCAGCAGCAGCAGCGACCUGGAUACCCCGGUGCAGAGCACGCCGCGUCACCGCCGCGCACGCCGCAGUAUGGCAACUACGGCUCCUCGGCGCAGUCUCAGCCGCCCAGUCACGCCGGUGCGGCGUACGGUCAGCCUCAGUCCCAAGCUGAGCGUGCCCCAUACCCAAGUGACCCGUACAACCGCACUGCGAGCGGCAGCGGCGGGCCGCCGCCUUCUUCUGCACCGCCAGACUGGCGCGCUGCGCCCCCGGCGUCCUAUGGCGCUGCACCGUCUGUACCGGCGCCUGCUCCUGAUCGUGGCUACGCCGCGUCAGGCCCCGUCGUGCCGCCGCCGCGCAUCCCUCAGAUCGACGUGACGAACCCGCAGCGUGCGCUGCUCGAGGCGCCGAGCCGCACGCUCUUCAUCCGCAACAUUGCCUACGAGGCGGACCAGGCAUGGCUGCGUUCCCGCUUCGAGAGCUUCGGCCAGGUCCGCAGCUACUUUGAGCCGCCGCACAAGCGCGGCCUGCUGUUCGUAGCCUACUACGACUUCCGCUCGGCUGAAGCGGCCAAGGGCGCGCUGCAAGGCUUGCACCUGGCCGGCCGCGAUAUGGACGUGCACUUCAGCCUGCCGAAGGACAAGGAGAUCAACCAGCCGUGCGACCGCGAGAAGAACCAGGGCACGCUCUCCAUCACGCUCGAGAACCAGGGGCGUCCUGUGCCAGUCGAUGAGGCCACCCUCGAUGCGGCGUUUGGCGAGUAUGGCGAGAUCAUGCGCAUCGUCCCCAGCGGACCGCCGCAGUACGGAGGCCCGCCGCGUCCGGCGCUCGUCACCUUCUUCGACAGCCGCGCGCAGCAGCUCGCCUUCGACAAGCUCAACGGCCAGUGGUGGCACCAGAGCGGCCAGUGGCGCCUGAACAUGGAGUGGGACCCGCAAAUGCCGCCGCCGGCGCCAACACCCGCACCUGCUCCUGCAUACGCACAGCCUCCACCGCAGUCCGCACCGGCGCCGUAUCAGGCUGCGCCUCCAAGCAAUGCUCCGCCAGGCGGCUACGGUCAGCCUCCGCUGCCUCGUGGUCCGCCCAACGGCGCACAGAGCCCGCCGCAGUACAACGGGGGUCCGCCGCCAGGCUUCAACGCUCCACCGCCGACGGGCUGGGGUUCCGCAGCUCCUCCACCGGCCCAGAGCCCGAUCCCUCAUGGCGGCGCUGGUCCAUCAGUCGGCGGUCUGCCGCCGCCAGCGAGCGCCAAUCGCGCCGGAGAGGUGCCGAUGCGGCGGUGGGGCCAGCCUCAGGGCAUCGACGUCAAGCCUCCCACGCCCGUGCACGCGCCACCGCCAAGCUCGUACGGAGCUGGCUCGCCGCCGUACGGUCAGGCAUCCGCUGGACCGCCGCCUCAGGCUGUGGUACCGCCGCCCAAGCCAGCACCCACGCCACAGGAGAGCCGUCUCGAUCAAGCGCAGAAGGUGCAGCAGCUCCUCGCUUCCGCUCUUCCUCCGGCUACCGCCGCACCAGCAGCCGCGCCAGCUGCUGCGCCGAGCGGCGGCUAUGCGCUGCCAGCAGGUCUCUCUGCUCUGCUGUCGCAGGUGCAGACUCCGGCCAGCGCCGCGGCGCCCGCUGCAGCGGCAGCACCUGCCCCCACGGCUGCUCAGCAGUCGGGCCAGCAGAGCAUGGCCAACAUCCUGGCCAUGCUCAAUCAGCGCUGAUGUUCGCGCUUCUCUGCUCCACACGCUACUGCCUCGCCCGCCCUUGCAUGUCCAGUGCAUCGCAUACAAUUACAGAUUACCCGUGCCGG